GAGAGAGAGAGAGAGACACACACACACACACACACACACGCGCGCGCAUGGUCUGGCAAAGAGAGACAACACAACAAACAAAAUCUUACGUCAAGGUCUACGAGAGGCGCGAGAGGAGUCACCGUCAGCCGCGCGAGCUCCACGCCUGCCUACAAGUCAGUAGUGGUCGUCAGCACCAUCCGUGUUUUUCUGUUUUUCGUCUCGUGCAUUGAAGGCGAGGCUCGAGGCAGCACGCUUCCACCCCCAGAGGACCGAGCAGCCUGCUGAGAUGUCGGAGGCUUUGACGCAGCAAGAGCGACUUCAGGCCAUAGCUGAAAAGAGGAAGCGACAGGCUGAGAUAGAGAAUAAAAGGAGACAGCUGGAGGACGACCGCAGACAGCUACAACACCUCAAGUCUAAAGCACUGAGGGAGCGAUGGCUGCUGGACGGAGCGCCCUCCAGUGGAGAGAAUGAAGUUCAGAAGCAGCUGGAGGAGGAUGAGGCCAAAACCAAACAGCUGGAGAAAACUAUCCUCAGGCUGGAGCAGGAGAUCGAGGAGCUGGAGACCGGAGUUCCUGCCAAACCCACCGCAGACAAACAGGACACGCCUGAUGGUCCUGGGAAAGUGGAGAACGGAGUGCACCAGCCCAGCCCUCAAGACACCACCAAGAAAGCAGUAACGGGUAUUGAGGCGAAGCUGCAGUGCACCAGCCCAGACGCCGCCAUCGAGAACGCCAGCGCCGAGCAUCCGGUCACCAUGGUGUUCAUGGGCUACAAAAACGUGGAGGACGAGACGGAGACCAAGAAGGCCCUCGGCAUCGAGGACACGGUGAAGGCCGAGUUCGUGGUCAUCGAGGACGGAGAGAGUAAAGGAGCGACGGAGGGAGCAAAGGACGACCAGGCGCCGCCGAACGGCACCACGUCCAGCCCCGAGAAAAACCCUGAGGAGAAGAAGAAUGAGGAGGCCAAAGAGGAGGAGGCCAAGAAGGAGAAGCAGCCAUGCAAGUGUUGCACUGUCAUGUGAGCUUUAGCUUCAGCUUCAGCUCUUCACCUCAGACUCUCCUCAAACCGGAAAAACACACAACCCAACCAACAACGUCGCCAGGGAGAUCUCGGAAAAAGCGCACAGUGCUGAGCAAAAGUCUUAGGACAGCUAAGAAAACGGUCUAAAAUGGUUUAAAUCUGGGCAGUGAGCACAUUUUUGCCAGUAAAAACAUCAGAAUAAACACAAAUAAACACAAAUGCUGUUAAAUCAAAAGAAGAAUUUCUUUUAAAAUGUUUUAAAAAAUACAGCAAAAUGUAAAA